AAGUGCUCUAGAACUCUCCUUGCAAAGCUCUGUCUUAACCACACAUUUUGUUAUUAUAUUCACGUGGCUUCUGACACUACUCUACACGAGACCUUAGUAGUUUGACUACUUUGCCCUUUUUGUUUUCUACCAUGGCUUUCAAAGUGAUUAUCAUUGGGGGCGGUCCCGUUGGGCUUUUUCUUGCAAAUGGCCUACAAAGAUCCGGAAUCGAUUACUUGCUUUUUGAAAAGCGACCUACUAUCCCUCCAACUACUGCCUUUGGUAUCUUUCUGUGGCCUCAAGUCACUAGGAUGAUGCAUCAGUUGGGCCUUCUUGAUAAGCUGAGAGAAGUAUCUCAUCCCAUGACGGGCAUAAUUCACAGUGCUCCUUCAGGAGAGCAACUGAGUGCAGACACAAUCUUUUCCAUGACUCACAAGAUUCAUGGAUACCCUGUCGUUGUUACGGACCGUGGUAGUCUUGCCAAUACGCUUCUUAGCGGUCUUGAAGACCCCGAGAAUCAUAUCUUUACCGGGAAGCAGCUCAAUAACAUCAUUACUCAAGAAAAAGGUGUAACCGUGGAGUUCACAGACGGCACCAGCUAUGAUGGGUCUAUUGUUAUUGGUGCGGACGGAAUUUGGAGUACGGUCCGUGAUCAGAUUCGCCAGCAAGCACCCAAGGGCCUGUUUCCGCAAAACCCUUUCAAGGCUUCAUACAAAGGAGUUUUCGGAAGAGGCCCAUUAGUGGAAGGCAUAAGCUCAGGGCAAGGCAUUGAAGUGCAUGGCGAUGGGUGGUUGAUUCAAGCGUUUCCCUCUCAAAAGGAAACUCACAUGUUCAUUUACAAACGCAUUCCGUCAACCACGACCAAAAUCCCCUUCUCAUCGGUCGUUACAGAUGACGACGUUGCAGAGUUUUAUGACGCCAAACUAACACCCCAAGUUGCUUUCAAAGAUAUAUGGGACAAGCGCUACGCCCAAGGCACUGCAAACUUUGAAGAAGGCGUUUGCAACCUCUGGCAUUAUGAUCGCAUCGCCAUGGUUGGAGACGCUGUUCACAAGAUCUCCCCGAAGCAGGGCGUGGCUGCGAAUGUUGGCAUGGAAGCUGCAGCAACUCUCACCAAUAAACUUGCGUCCCUCCUGCAGAACAACCCAGAUCCCACUACAAAAGAGGUCAAUAAGGCAUUUAGCACGUAUCAAAGCGAGUUGGAAGGCAAAGUUGGUGUUUGGCAGCGACUGUCCCGCUUCAACCUUGAAUCAGCUGUGGAUAGUAGCGGGCCGUUACUUGAGGCUAUGAGCACGAAUGCUGCUGCUCGCGUACCUACCAUGGUCUCCAAGUCUUUCAAGUUUGAACACGUUCCUUUUGACCACCAGUACGGAAAUGAGCUGCCGUGGGUGUAUUAGAACAGACGAAUUGAGCAAGCGAUUGUACUGGCGUUUAGUUGUUUUAUGGGUCAAAAUUUUGACGAAAAGUAAAACAUGAAACUACAAAAACGGAAAGUUUCUCUUUCUUCAUGCAUUUCGAUAGAAGUAUUCCCAGAAAUAUACUAUAAUACUCUUA